AUGUCACACUUCUUCAGUAGAUCAUCCUUAGCAACGUCAUUUAUUGGCAAAUUUUCUCUCACUAUGAAUGAACCAGUCGUACACGGACGUAGAGGUGCGGCAGUCGCAGUGCGCGGUAGUAUAAGGAGGUUAAUGUACUCCACCCGUCGCCGGCAGGUAUACCGGACAACACUGGGGUCGCCCUUUCGGCGUUCUCGGACUACAAAAAAAAAAAGGUGCCUUGUAGAGGCGCCCUGGAUGAUCUUUUGUGGGCUAGGUCAGCGGGAACGCAGUCGUGCUUGCACAGUCCAGGGUUGGUCCUGGGUCUGUUUGUUCCUCCGUUGGUUAUCCAGCACCGCCGCUCGUUAGACGGACGCAUAUAGUUGAUUGAUUAACGAACCAGUAGAAUGAUGAGCUUGCGAACAAAGGACAUUCAUCAACAUAAACGUCAACAGACGUCGCAAAAGACAUAAAGACACUCAAUGCAACAAAGAAAAGUCGGGGCGAUUUAAGAGGCAUCGAGAAGCCUCUACAUCUUUGGGAGCGCACCUUGUCAGCGUCGGUGGGAGCCCAUCUGGGCUUUCGAAAGCUGAUCGAAGAUCUAGUACAAAGAAAAAA